CGGAGGAGGAGAACAAAAUCAAAUCCCCCGAGAAAUCAGCUCAGAAAAUCUCUUUUUCUUGGUUUCUUUUCUUUUCUUUCUUUCUUUCUACUCAAAUCAAAUCAAUGCGCUGACAAGUACUGGCCUUCACGUCCGUCUAAAACGGUAAAAGGGGAGUAGAAUCUUCAAACGACCCACUGUUCCAGCUGUCUGUAUUUCUUUACUGAUUUUUCUUAGGGAGAUCCCAUAACAAAAAGUCAAACGCAUAAAGACAAGCACCCAGAUUCAGCUCCUUUCUCCAAGUCCCUCUCUCUCAUCUGCUGUGGAUUCUUGAAUGAACUGUUUUUUCAGUCCCAGAUGGAAGGAAGCAAUGAAUGAAGUGUUGUAAAGGUCCCCAAAUGGGUACUGCUCUAAUCAGUAGCACUUGGAUUUCUCUUCUUUACAUUCUCACCUGCAGUUUCCCUGUACUUUGACUUGGAUGUGAAGUAAUUAGAACCAUGGAGAUGGAGUUCAAGAAAGAGAAGCUUGUGAGGUUUUUCCAUGAUGGAAAGCAAAAUCUUGAGCAUUCUUGGGAAAUAAAUCACACCCAGAACCUCGAAAAGCCUUCACACUUGUACAAAGUUUUGCCGAAGGCAGAAGGGGGAAUUAGUGAGGAAGCUAGAACAAAUGGGAUUCCCAAAUCUGGCAAGUUUCGGGUUUUCCCGGAAAAUUAUGAAGCACGGAGGAAAAGAAUUCUUGACCCAGGAAGUGAACUUUACUUGCAAUGGAACCGAAUUUUCUUAUUUUCAAGUUUGGUGGCAUUGUUUGUUGAUCCAUUGUUUUUCUAUCUUCCUUCAGUGGUAAAUGAUGGCAAUUCAUCUUGUAUGACUACUGAUUUGAAUCUCGGAAUUGUUGUCACUUGCUUCCGGACAGUUGCAGAUAUGUUCUAUUUCUUACAUGUAAUUAUAAAGUUUAGGACAGCUUAUGUAUCACCAAGCUCAAGGGUGUUUGGCAGAGGUGAACUUGUUAUGGAUCCAGAGAUGAUAGCACGAAGGUAUCUGAAAUCAGACUUCUUUAUUGAUCUGAUUGCAGCGCUGCCUCUUCCUCAGAUUGUCAUAUGGUUCAUUAUACCAGCAAUCAGAAGUUCACAUGCUGAUCACACCAACAAUGCCCUUGAACUCAUUGUCUUGCUUCAGUAUAUUCCUCGUUUUUACCUGAUAUUCCCGUUAAGUUCACAAAUCAUCAAAGCUACAGGACUAGUGACGAAGACUGCUUGGGCAGGCGCUGCAUACAAUCUCCUUCUAUAUAUGUUAGCUAGUCAUAUCUCGGGUGCAUCUUGGUAUCUCUUGUCAAUUGAACGGCAUGCAACAUGCUGGAAAUCAGCCUGUAGACAUGAGUUCAACUCAAUGAAAUGUUCUCUCAAGUUUUUGGAUUGUGGCAGUGUUGACAAUGAGGGUCGUAGAACAUGGGCAAACAGUACUGCAACAUUCAGUAAUUGCAAUCCUGCUAACAAUAUCCAAUUCAAUUAUGGGAUAUUUCAAAAUGCAGUAACAAACAAUGUUGUUUCAUCAGACUUCCUUGAGAAGUACUUCUAUUGUUUGUGGUGGGGGUUACAGAGCUUAAGUUCAUAUGGCCAGAAUUUGUCUACUAGCACAUUUAUUGGGGAAACUUCAUUUGCGAUACUAAUUGCCAUAUUGGGUCUGGUUUUGUUUGCUCAUUUGAUUGGAAACAUGCAGACCUACUUGCAGUCUAUAACUGUGAGGCUGGAAGAGUGGAGACUUAAGCGUCGGGACACUGAAGAGUGGAUGAGACAUCGGCAGCUUCCUCAAGAUCUGCAAGAACGUGUCAGGCGUUUUGUUCAGUACAAAUGGCUUGCAACGCGUGGAGUUGAUGAAGAGUCAAUUUUGCACGCCUUACCUACUGAUCUCCGUAGGGACAUCCAACGCCACCUUCGUUUGGACCUUGUUCGUCGUGUACCCUUUUUCUCACAGAUGGAUGAUCAGCUACUUGAUGCCAUUUGCGAGCGCCUAGUAUCAUCUUUGAGUACUCAAGGCACCUAUAUUGUUCGUGAGGGCGAUCCUGUCACCGAGAUGCUGUUUAUCAUCAGAGGGACGCUCGAAAGCUCCACCACGAAUGGAGGGCGCACGGGUUUCUUCAAUUCAAUCACUUUACGACCAGGUGAUUUCUGCGGCGAGGAACUUCUUGCGUGGGCAUUACUUCCUGAAUCAACUGUCAACCUGCCUGCUUCCACAAGGACAGUGAGGGCACUGGUUGAAGUGGAAACCUUCGCAUUGCGAGCGGAAGAUCUCAAGUUUGUUGCGAAUCAGUUCAGACGGCUCCACAGUAAAAAGCUUCAGCACACAUUCCGGUUCUACUCUCACCACUGGAGAACGUGGGCCGCUUGCUUCAUCCAGGCUGCCUGGCGCCGAUACAAGAGGAGAGUGAUGGCAAGGUCUCUUAGCUUGAAAGAGUCCUUCUCCUUGUCUCUCGAUGAGCAAUUGGUCGGUUCCUCUGACCCAGAGGAAGAGCGCAAUGCUGCUGCGGCAGCAAAUUCUUCUCAGGCAAAACAGAACCUAGGAGUAACCAUCCUGGCUUCAAGAUUUGCUGCCAACACAAGGAGAGGGGCUCAGAAGAUGAGAGAUGUUGAAUUACCAAAGCUGCAGAAGCCGGAAGAGCCAGACUUCUCGGUCGAACCAGAUGAUGACUAAACUAAAAGUCCUUCCUUCUGAGUAAGGCAUCGGAUCAGAUCAUUUCUAUAGGAGAAAAAUUUAGAGAAACUUGUUCAAUGCUGGAUGUAUAAUUGUUCUAGAGCUUGGACAUUGUAGUUUAUAAAGGCCUUACAAAAUUCACGUAGCCAGACUGCACGGUGUGGGAUCACGACUUGAUAUUUGUACUCAUUGAGAGUAGGAUGUAGCAGUGGAGUGUAGAACUCGAAGAUUAUUGGCUCAACCUAAGAACCUAAACGAUGAUUUUUAUGAUAAAAGGCAUACGGUGUUAUAGAU